GUCUGCUGGGGAAGCAACUCUUUCCAGCGCGCCUCUCCCCCUCCCUCCCUCGUCGCCCUCCAGAUCAGCGCCGGGGCAGCGCACGUCUGCUUGCUGCUCAGCAACAGGAGCAUUGCAUGCUUCGGAGACAACCGCGAGGGACAGCUCCGCAACCCUCCCUCCUCCAACUUCGUCAUGAUCAGCUCCGGCUCCAUGCACUCCUGCGCGCUUGAGGCUGUGGACGCGGAGGACGUGACGCGGCGACGAGGAGCGGUGCGGUGCUGGGGGAAGAACACGGACGGGCAAGCGAGAGCGCCAGCUGGGAAGUUCACGUGGGUCUCAGCUGGAUGGAAGCACUCGUGCGCCAUAGACGAGAAGAAGCAGAUGGUGUGCUGGGGGAGCAACGAGUUCGGGCAGGCGAGCAACGUCUCAGGCUACUUCACCUCCGUCAGUGCGGGGGGGAGGCACUCAUGUGCUGUAAAGGCCAACGGAGGAGGGCUCUGCUGGGGAAGGAACCUGGAGGGUCAGGCUGCAGCCCCCAACCGAAGGUUCGAGGCCAUGGCAGCGGGUCAAGACUUCUCGUGCGGCAUCGACGCCAACAAGCGGCAGGUGAUCUGCUGGGGGGCGAGGAGCACAACGACU